GAGUGGUAAAUACUUUUGCAACCAAAAAUGCCUCUUGGGAUCACAAAAUAACACAAACUGAUGAUGAUGAUGAUUAUAUAGCAAAGUUUAUUAUUUAUUUUUAUUUAUGUCACAAUACAGGAUUCUGUUAUAUAUUUGCCCUAAUUUUUAACUAACCAAAAACCCUAAUCUUUCAAUUAAAUUUUCAAACUUUAUAAUUAUAAUUACAUAUAAUAAUAUUAAUUUUGCAUAAAAUCUAUGAAUGAUAUGGGAAAGAGAAAACGAAGAGCUGACAGGAAUAAAACCCCACCAUCUCCUGCCUUCAUGUCACACACUUCUCAUACAGAAUCAUCAUUAAAAGAGAAAUCUUCUCACUCAUGUGGCUCUAGUGGGGUGAAGCCUACAUCAUCAUCAUCAUUCACAAAUAUUAUUGAAAGAUCAUUGCCGGUCCACCACCAGUCAUCCACCCAUCACCGACAGCAGAACGUAAACCAUGCAUUGUUAUCAAGGGUUCCACGCCAUUCUUACAACGUACAGCAUUCACAUAAAAAUAUUGCCAAUUAUGCUGGCACAUCAACUUCUCAUGGAAAGGCUAGUUUGCGUGAUGACAAACAUUCUUGGAAAUUUGGUCAUAAAUCGGAAUCAGGAUUUGGAUAUUUUGCAGGGAGGAGGGAUAAGGCAUCUCGGAGGAUGGACAGAAUUAGAUCAAAUCCUUUGGCAGUAAUUGAUUCAAAUUCCCCUAAUCUAAUGAAUAAUCUUUGCAGAUUAUGCCAACAAAGAAUGCGUGAUAAUUCUGUUGUGGCAGUUCUAGUUUGUGGUCAUAUUUAUCAUGCAGACUGUUUGGAAAUACGAACUAGUAAUGAAGAUAAAAGAGAUCCACCCUGCCCGUUAUGUAUUCCCUUGCACAUCGACAAUUGAUUUGUCGUAGAGAUGUAUUAGCUGUUGUAUUUAGUCCUUACUUUGUACCUUGAAAAGUAAGAAGUUUGUAGAAAAAUAUAACAGAACAGUUUAAGGGUCCUUUGAUCCUUGUGAAGUUCCUGUAUAUUAAUUAUCAAGCUAUGUUAUGGCUUCUAAAUAUAUGUAGAUUCUCUUA